AUGCAAGGGUCUGUUGAAACCACGAGACGCAUAACCACCGUAACCCAGGGGGAAAGGCUGCUGCGCUCGGCGUUCGAGGAUGGUACUCGAAAGGACCUGACGGUUCAACAAUAUAUGAAGCAUGUCGUGCGCUUGUUUCAAGGGUUCAAAAGACAACGAGACUUCACCAGCUUCGAUUGGAUCAAGGAUGCCAAUGGAAUCAUCAAGUACUUUCAGGAAACAUAUCCCACAAAGCUGUCAAUGCAGGCCACUGGAAUCAACCCGCUCUUGGUUCUCGUGCGGAAAGCAUUCCCCGAGGACAAACAGCUCUAUGAUACCUAUUACAAGCGGUACAUAGAGGUUCGCAAGCUCAUGGAAGAUGCGAAGCCUCCUUCCCAGCAGUUGACUGAGCGGGAAACGGCGAAUUGGAAGACCUUGGACGAGAUUACGGAGCGCCGAGUAGAGCUGCAAAGGCACGUGAACCGCAAGAUCCUGCACAAGAGGCCCGAAGAAUUGACCGAUGAGGACAAAUUUGUGCUUUUUCGCCACCUCAUUCUGUGCCUUUAUAGCUAUCAACCAGCAAUCCGCAAUGACUACAGCGAUUGCCCCAUUGUGCGCUUGAACGACAUCAAAACGGCCGAGGCACAAGAGAUUCAACGGCUCUCCAAUGUUGGGCUCUAUGCAAUCCCCGUGCGCAUGUUCUGGAAUGAAAAAGAGGAUGAAACCAACGAGAAAAGGAAGGAAAAGGAGGAUGACGUACGAACAAGGAGAGCAAGACUGGACUUGCUCGAUCUCGCUUUGCGUAUCAUGAACCAUUAUUUUGCCGUCGUCCGCUCGACAAAGGCUGUCUACCUGGAGACAAUCUACUCGAGAGACGCAAACGGGCAGCUUGAGUCCGAGGAGACUAUCCACCGGUCCGGCCGGGACUUCUUGGAGGUCUGCAGGAACUUCCAACUCCAGAGCCUAUCUGGAAAGAGCAAGGAGGUUGCGAAGUUUUGGGAAAGCAGCCCAAAACGUCGGGAAUACGAUCAGAUUGUGUUCGAGCCGGACCCAUCAAAGGUGUCCUCACGACAUUUCAACCUAUUCAGCGGGCUGAGAUUAAAACCACUCGACCGCAAAUUAACACAAUCAGAGCUCGUAGAGUGCGAGGGUCGGAUGCCAAAACUCAUGUGGCACAUUCGUAACAUUCUGUGUGAUCAAUUUCCCGAGCGAUUCGAGUAUAACAUAAAAUGGAUGGCACACAACGUUCAGAGGCCUUGGAAGAAGAUUGGAGUGGCCCUCGUGUUCCGCGGUGGGCAAGGGAGUGGAAAGUCUUCGUUGUGGAAGUUUUAUGGAUUGACAAUCCUUGGCGGCAAGUAUUACCUUUACUGCAACGAGAUCGAAAAGGUCAUUGGCAAAUUCAACUCACUAGGAGCCAACAGGCUACUUAUUGUUUUUGAUGAAGCCGGAAACUGGGGAGGCGCGUUUCGGAUGAAUGACCGGAUAAAGUCCCUAAUCACCCCAGAGGAGACGUGUAUGGAGCGCAAAGGCCAAGACCCUAUCAGCGUGGAUGACAAGAGCAACAUUGUGUUCACCACAAAUAACUUCUGGCCUGUCAAACGAGAGGCAGACGAUCGCCGAUACUCUUGCCAGCAAGUCUCAGAUGCCAAGAUGGGAAACAAGCAAUACUUUGAUGAGCUCGUGGAUGAGUUGGAGAAACCCGAGACCGCAUAUCACUUCCAUCGAUAUCUAUCGUCUAUUGACAUAACCAAUUGGGAUCCUCAGAAGAUGCCGAUCACAGCUUGGGGGGAAGGCUUGAAGGAACACUCGAUUCCACCUCACGUCAAUAUGAUGCAAGCGCUGCUCGAGAACGGGUGCUUUCACCCUUCUUUAGAAACGUGGGUAGCAUCGACGGACAUCAAGCGGACAUAUGACAUGUUCCUGCUUCAGUUGGACAUCAAAGAGGAUCGCCAUACCGACAUCAACAUCUUGAGACGCUCUCUGAAUGCCAUUUUCAACAUGAGGCCUGCGGCACGCUCCAUUCAAGGGGUGCGGACACACAAGGGGUGGUGGUUCCCUCCACAGGGCGCUAUCUGCGAGGCCCUCCAUAAAGGCAAGCUUUUGAGCUCGACCGUCGAGUGGGUGGACACCUGGCAGCGGCUCGACUAUACCGAGGAUAAAGAAGGGCCAUGGAUGACACAACCCGAUGCUCUUCAGCAGCUGGUUGAUGCUUCAAAAGAGUCGCGACAAUCCGCCGCAGAGCAAAAGUGCUCGUCAUGUGUUGGUGGUGAGGAGGAAUAG